GUGAUUAUAAGUACCUACAAUUUUAAGUAUGAUGUGGUCCAAUCAUUUUGAAGCUGAUUAGAAUUAGACUUAAUUUAAGAAGUAAACAUGAAUAUGUGGUUAUAGUGAAGUGCUAUUAUUUAAUAUUUCUAAAAAUGGCAUAUCAAACACUAUAUCAAGAGUAUAUGCUCGUACCUCCCGUAACGAGAGCCUAUACCACCGCUUGUGUCAUCACAACCCUGGCUGUGCAACUGGACCUUGUUUCACCAUUUCAACUAUACUUCAAUCCAAAUCUUAUAUUGAAGAAGAUCCAAUUAUGGCGUCUGCUGACAACAUUCCUUUUCUUUGGCAAUUUAGGCUUUAAUUUUUUCUUUAAUAUGAUAUUUACAUACAGAUAUUGUAGAAUGUUGGAGGAGGGGUCUUUCAGAGGGAGGACAGCUGACUUUGUUGUCAUGUUUAUCUUUGGUGGAGUAUUAAUGAUUUUAUCAGCAUUUUUUGUUAAUUUAUUAUUCUUAGGUCAAGCAUUCACUAUUAUGAUUGUGUAUGUAUGGUCUCGUCGGAAUAUAUUUGUUCGUAUGAACUUUUUUGGUCUCAUGAAUUUCCAGGCACCAUAUCUUCCAUGGGUAUUACUAGGUUUCUCUGUUUUACUUGGUAAUGCAAUAUCUGUAGAUUUAGUAGGCAUGGCCAUUGGACAUAUAUAUUUCUUCUUAGAGGAUGUUUUGCCAAGACAAAGAGGAGGUCAAAAGUUUUUGAAAACACCUGAAUUUCUGAAAAAACUUCUGGACCCAGCACCUGAUGCACCGGAAUAUGAACAUCUUCCAGACAUGGCUAAUGAUCAGCCUGGACUAUAAAAAAGACAGGACUAUCCCAGUGAUGCUGCUCAAAUACAGUUUGCGAUCCAUUUAGUGCAAAUUAAUGACAGUUAAGGAAUAAUAUCACUGGGCGUAAGGAAUCUGCAUAAAUGUACAAUUUAUUAACAUGUAUGUUAUUUUAAUUACUAUUUAGGUUUUUAAUUUUAUUAUAAGAAGAAUUUUUAAGUAUUUCAAUUAAUUUCCCUUAAGACAUUAUUGUCUCAUUUGAAGGUACAGAAAUUAGAUCAAUUAUGAUCAGGAUUUAUAUUACAGCUGCAUAAAUAUGUAAAAAAAGCACACUUUGUAUAACUUUUGCCAACUAUUAUGAUAAAAAUAAAUUUAUAAAUUCCUGUACCAUCACAAACAAUAAUGUUUGUUAUAUCGAAUAAUAUUUUUUAACCAACAAGAAUUAAAAUAAGGCAAUUUCAAAGUAUUUUACAUACCAAAGCUGCCAGAAUUUUUAUUAAAAUCAGCGGUGCCUGAAUAAUCAAUGCUUUGCAAGCCAAAGAGAUUCAAAAGACAUAUAGAGUAGGCAUAGCCAUCAUCAACACUAACGCUAUCUAUGAUAGAUUCUCAAAAGCACAUGUCAAUGUUAAAAUUAAUUGCCAAUAGGUGUCAUUAAAUAAUAUGAAAAAUGUUCAUAUUUCACGGUGUGACGCUUUAGUUUAUUUUAUUACAAUAUAUGGAGCUUAUUAUAACAUUCAAGGACACAAGGCGGCAUACUAAAUGUGGUAACAUAGUACCUUUUAAAGUAAAAUUGAAAAAAAUUUAUUCACUAUGUCUAGUCUGUAUGUUUUUUAAAUAUCUUUGUUUGCAGCACCAAGCCAAAUAACAUUUAAAUAUAAUAUUUUUAUAUAAGGGGUUAAAAUAUUACAAUCUUGAAUACAGGCAGCGGCCCUUUUAAGUUGUAAGAAUGGAAAAUAUGGUUCAUGUAAUUUAUUUAUAGAUUGUGGAACUUGCUCGUGAAUAAAAUUAAGA